UUACUUUUUUCAAUCAAUAAUUUCAUUUUCCUUCUGAGCUAGUUACCUAGAAAAAAUAAUACUGAAAUGUCGACUGUUUUCAAAACAAACCUCAGGCCGAUUUUAAGUUUAGGCAAGAUUUUAGGGUUAAUUGACGUUUCAUAUACUUUGGAACCUGAUGGAUUCCUAAUCAAAAAUAUAAACUCAUCAUAUUUCUCAUUACUUGAAAUUUUGCGUAUGAUUGUGUUAUUAAUAUGUACUUACAUCGUUCACACCGCGAAUGCAUUUUAUUACAUAAAUGAAUAUCGUUUAAUUAAAUUUUGGGCAGUCAUUAUUGCAGGAAGAAUAUCAGAAAAAUGGACGAUAAAAUUGAUCAAUGCCAUCAUAGAAUUUGAUCAAAAAAUUAAAUUACUUUCGACGGUAAUAUUGGAGGAUCGCCAAUGGUCACUAAGUAAAAUAAAUUGGAAUUAUAUUAUUAUUUCAUUAUGCAUAUAUUUUAUUGGAUUUGAACUGUAUGAUAUUUACGUAUGGCCACCGAGGAAAGUCGACAUUUACAUUGUUACCGUAUAUUUUUUUGGUGUACCAUAUAUUACCGACUAUGUGGUUAUUGUUACAGUAUCUUUUUAUCUCAUCAAUAUUGGUCACAGAUUUCAAACAAUAAAUAAUUUAUGGAAAUGCCUUCCUGUUGGAUUAAUCGCCGUUCCCGGUAAAUGGACUAAUCUUGAAAUAGUUAUGUUGAUGGAAAACAUUAGAAUGUUACACGCUGAGCUAUCUGAAAUCCUAAAAAUAUUCAAUUUGGGUUACGGUUUAAUGCUUUUGAUCUUCUUUGUAUUCAAUUUUAUUGAUAUGAUGUAUACAUUUUAUAUAACCAUUAAGCAUGAAUUCGUACCACUAAAUGUAUUAGAAAUUAUUAUACGCAGUUUACCAUUACACUUUUUUAAAUUACAAAUAGUAAUAUUUAUGUUGUCAAUCAUCGUUGCAGCUUCGUGGAUAAACGAAAAGAAGAAGAAAAUCAUAUCGUAUUUAAGGUCAAAUCGGAUUUCAAAUUUACCAGUUGGCAUAAAAAACCAGAUAAAAUUAUUUAUGAACCAAAUUUCAAUUUCGGAAUUGGAUGAAAUAACGGCGUUUGGAUUUUUUAACAUAAAUUUGAAUCUAGUAGUAUCAAUACUAGUAUUACUAAUGACUGGAUUAACAACAUUAAUACAGAUGAAAAAUCGUCCUAUUAUUUUAGAAAUGUUUAAUAAUACUGAAUUGUUCAACAAUAACUGGGGAAAUGUGUUUGAGCCUGAAAAUCGUUAAAGCAACAAUACAGUACUUUCAACAUUUUGCAACAUACUAAAGUUUUGGAAUAUUUGUUUUAAUCAUAAACAUAGUUACCUAAUGCUUCAAUAAACAGUACAAUAAAUGUGUAUAGGUAAAAUAUAGAAAUGGUCUGCAGUUUUAAUACAUUUAAAUAUGUCAUGUAGUUGUGAAAU